AAAGGAAAGCCCCUGGGUGUUUCUUCUGGCAGUGGCGGAAGUGUGAAAGUGGAACCACUAACUUAACUUGUACGCGCAUAAUCAAACCACCCAACUCUCUUCUUCUCCUUCCAACCACUUUGUUACGCAAAUUCAUCCUUUCUUUCUUCCUUCCAACCGUACAAUCUCUUUAGUUUUAGUUUGGUUUUGUUUAGGAUUGGAUUGGAAGAUGAGGCUUUGACUGAUUGGUUGAUUGAGUGUGUCUGCGCGUGACUUAAGAGGAAACUGGAAUGGGUUGCUUUUCUUGUUUCGAUUCGAGGGAAGACGAGAAGCUGAAUCCCAAUCCUCACCAGGAAAACCAUCAUCAUCUUCAUCAUCAUCAUCACGAUCAUGAUCUUAAUCCCCCUAUCCCCUCUCGUAUGUCCAGACUGCCCUCUGCGUCUGCUGGAGCAGACAAGCUACGCUCAUCAAGCAAUGGCAAUGCUAAUAAUGGUGACUCCAAAAGGGAAUUGGCUGCUCUCAAGGAUGGACCUCCUGGACAAAUUGCUGCACAAAUUUUCACAUUCCGUGAGCUGGCAGCCGCAACCAAAAAUUUCAGACCCCAAUCCUUUUUGGGGGAAGGUGGUUUCGGAAGGGUCUACAAGGGCCGCCUUGAAACCACUGGUCAGGCUGUGGCUGUUAAACAGUUAGACAGAAACGGUCUUCAGGGCAACCGGGAAUUCCUCGUGGAGGUUCUCAUGCUCAGUCUUCUACACCACCCUAAUCUUGUCAAUCUCAUUGGAUACUGUGCGGACGGGGACCAACGCCUCUUGGUUUAUGAGUUUAUGCCAUUGGGAUCAUUGGAAGACCACCUUCAUGAUCUUCCCCCGGAUAAGGAACCAUUGGAUUGGAACACUAGGAUGAAAAUAGCUGCUGGGGCAGCAAAAGGAUUGGAAUACCUUCACGACAAAGCAAAUCCUCCUGUCAUUUAUAGAGAUUUCAAAUCGUCUAAUAUAUUACUUGACGAAGAUUAUCAUCCAAAGCUUUCAGACUUUGGGCUUGCAAAGCUGGGUCCAGUUGGUGAUAAAUCACACGUCUCCACCCGUGUCAUGGGAACUUAUGGCUACUGUGCCCCAGAAUAUGCUAUGACUGGACAGCUGACUGUGAAGUCUGAUGUAUAUAGUUUUGGGGUAGUGUUCUUGGAGCUGAUUACUGGGCGUAAAGCCAUUGACAGCACUCGACCCCAUGGAGAACAAAACCUUGUCACAUGGGCACGUCCACUGUUCAAUGACCGGAGAAAGUUUCCAAAGUUAGCAGAUCCAGAGCUGCAUGGACGGUAUCCGAUGCGGGGACUUUACCAAGCUCUUGCAGUGGCAUCAAUGUGCAUUCAAGAACAGGCCGCAGCGCGUCCUCUGAUUGGGGAUGUGGUGACAGCCCUGUCUUUUCUAGCGAACCAGGCAUAUGACCAUAAGGGAGGUGGUGAUGAUAAAAGGAACAGAGAUGAUCAGGGUGGAAGAAUAUUGAAAACUGAGCAAGGUGGAGGAUCUGGAAGGAGAUGGGAUUUGGAAGGGUGUGAGAAAGAUGAGUCCCCACGUGAAACUGCAAGGAUGUUAAACAACAGGGAUCUUGAUAGAGAACGUGCGGUGGCUGAAGCAAAGAUGUGGGGAGAGAAUUGGAGAGAGAAAAGACGACAAAGUGCGCAGGGCAGUUUUGAUGCUUCUAACGCCUAGUCUCUCUCCAUUGUACUAUUCCCAUCACCCUCUUCCUCUUCCUCUUCUGUGUCACCACCGGAUUCUACUCCUUUUAGAAUCUGUUUUGCGCCCAUUUCUUCCGUCCAAAAUCACCCCUUUUAUGCACUUAGCUUUCUUUUAUGUAUCUUUGAUUUACCUCCUGCACACGACACAUUGGACUUGGACUUUUGGAGAGUGUACAUUAUUUCUUACAAGUAGGAGGUUAAGGUUAUGACACCCUCGAUUUUUGAUAAUGCUUUUUCCAACUCAUUUACUCUUUCUUACCUAAAAUACCAGAAUCCAAGUUUCCCUCUUA